AUGCCAGAUGAAGUCUAUUCGGAUAAAGAUUAUCCCGGACCGAGUCGUUUGAAUCUAGCCCGGAGUAUACUUGCUGAACGUCAUAUAAUUGGCGGUAAUGGUAAGGAUUCCUCUAAAGAGGAUUUAGAGAAAGAGAAAACUGAUCUAUGCGAAUUAGCCAGUCGAUUUGAUAUCUAUGGUGAGAUAGCGGAGGAAUAUUCGCAAUUACAAGAGUACAUUAAGAGGAAAGGCUUAGAUAUGGCUAAAGUAAAUGAAAAUGAUAAUCAUAAUAACAAUGAUAAUAAUAAUAAAGGUGAAAGCGUUGACAAUAAGGAUAGUGAUAUUAGUCAACCUUAAUAAUAAACAAUAAUCCUUCAGAUGGCCAUUUACAGAAACAGAGACAAAAAAAGGAAAGACUUCACUAACGAAAAAAACAGCCUAGUGUUAUUAUUUUUUGUCUUGUUUUGAUAAUUUCUCUGUCUCUAAAUCUGUGCUGUACAAAUAUUCAAUAUUUUGUAAAGUUUCACCCCAUUUUUGCAUACAACAAUGGAUCAAAUAUAGAUAGUGAUUAGAAAAUACACAUAUA